GGGCAGUGCAGCCCUGAACAGUCCAAAACAACAACUGCAGCACAUUCUGUUUACUGCUGGAGUGAGCAAAUGUAGUCGGGCCAAAAUGUCAGAGCCACCUUGAGGUGGUUCAUCGCUGACUUGUCCUAAUAAAGAGGUGGGUGCAGUAAAGACAGCUCAGUGGAUUUAGUCACUGCCCUCUGUUACCCAGAGGUGCUCUAUAUCAUCGGCUGGGGUGGACUCUGACCUACCCAGGAGCCAUGUGAUUCCCAUCAAUGCUUCUGUAUAAGAACAGCUGAAGGAGGUCUGUCACAAACCUCUAAGUAAGAUGACAGCGAGUCUGACUGAACGCCUGCAAGGACUGAGGAAACUUGUGAGUACAUGUCUGUGUCUGUGAUGAAGCUUAUUUGCUUGUGGGGUUAGAGGUUUGUGAAUGUAUUUUCACUUACUUUACCACAUGAGAAUCUGAACCACUCUAACACUGUCUUUCUAUUAACUAACUCACUGUGUGGACUGCAGACACAUUACUCUUUAGUAAACAAGCCUUUCUUCAACCACCGUUACAUGAAUAUACAGAGCAGUCACUUCCUGACUUGUUAUCAUAAGAUCUGAGUUGUAAGCUACCAGAGGGCACAGAUAGAGAGAGAGAGAGAGCAUGAGGAGCCAUAUGGCUGUGUGUUUCCCUAGUGUGUUAAAGUUGGUGAAAUUUCCAUCAGCUGCUUCAAACACUUUGUACUGAGAACUUAAAUGAACUCUCACCUACUUCUCGGUGAAGAAAAACACUUUCUUGUGUCUCAUUUUGUUACAUGGAGACUUGGGAAGUAGUAAAAGUUUGCUGAUAAUAGCUAAGUAGCUUAACUGGCCUCAGCUGACAUUUGCUCUCGUGGUUAAAUUUCAGAUGUAUUUUAAACUUUUUUUGAGUUAUGAUAAAAAAAAAGGAAAUAUAUAAUAGCAGGACUACUGCACCAGUGUGGUCUAAAACCAUGACCUGAAGACAGGACACAGCAUGCCAACACAAGGACGCCUGUUAGACCUUAGACUUCCACAGUGUUGACUGACUUGCAGAUAGUUGCCAUCUCUUUGGCAGGCGCUGUAAUUAACCUCUUUGAUUUAGUUUUACUCACAGCUCUGUGGUGAUUGACACUCAAUAUAGCGCUUUGCCAGCUUGUGUGAUGUGGUUACCUGCUGUCAUCAAUCUGACUAGCUGCACCUGCAUACUGACCACAAAGGUGGAAGCUCGAACUAGAAAGCAUUUUGGUGAUACUGUAUUUCUGUUGUUUGAAGUGCAUAUUCCUUUGGACUUGUUAACUGAGCUGAAUGUUGUUUUUUUCAAAGUGAGAUGUGCCAUCCUAAACUGCAGUAACAUUGUUAAAAAGAAAGACUCAGGGGGCUUAACAACGGUGUGCCAAAAGGGACAAAAUAGAAUGCAAUUGUGAAAGAAAACUUGUUAAUUUGGGACCUUGAUAUGAUAAGCAACAAUACCCUAUGAUACUGGAUGAUAUGGUAUGAUACCAUACACUAUAAUACAUCAUACUGUGUCAUGUUACAGCACAUGAACAGAUAUGAAAUGACAGAUCAAUCUAAAGUGCUUCAUUACCAAAAGGAACCAAAAGUUUUAUCUUAUAAGUCAUGAUGAUGAUGAUGAUGAUGAUACAUUAACUCAUGGAUAACUUGCAAUUUCCUUUUGUUUUUUUACUUACGCAUAAAACGUGUUGUAAGACUGUGACCUAUGAGUAGUUUUUCUGACGAAACACUGACCUAGAAAUUCUCACAUGGUAUCAUAAAAAAACUUCGAGUGCCAGAUGUGGUAACAUUGCUCAAUAAUUAACAAAAACAGAGACGUUUACAGGGAAAUCCAAUUAUAGUUAUCUCUUUGAUUUGUCCUCUUUCACCACAAUAAAACCAUCAGAUUAUGUUGUAAAUUCACUGUCGGAGUUUGACCACUCGUUAAAUAACAGCCACCUCUAACAGCUAUAUCACAGCAAAAAGGUAGUUAUGCACUAAAACAAAAACUGACAAUCUAAGUCUGUAUCAUCUACCAGCAUUUUACUGAAAUCAGCUGCUAAAGGCAAAAAAGCACCAGAUCUUUAAAGAGAGUAUUUUUAGAAUAUUGAAGUGGCACUUUCAGAAAGGAUGUAAGUACUUAAUCUGCACCAGUGUUGGUAACUGAAUGUGUGUGACUCAUGUGAUCCAAGCAACAGGAGAAUCCUGAGUCAACAGAACAAAAACUCAGGGUCUAAUGUUCUCCUUUUUACAUUUUCAACAAGUAUUUCAUCAAACCUUAUUCUCAAAAGCCCUCAAGGUCUGGGUUUAAUGCUCCUGACUUCUUUUGUUCAAGGUAUGACACACAGCAGAGGUUGGACUGCUCAGGGUGACGGCUUCAUCUUCUUCAAACUCUCUUCAGACUGAUCUGGCUGCAGUAUGGCUCUGCUGGUUCACAUUCUAGCCUGUGCCUUCGGCCUGGGCUCUUGGGUGGCGGUGAACGGUCUGUGGGUGGAGCUGCCACUCAUCGUCAACACACUCCCGGAAGGAUGGGACCUCCCCUCCUACCUGACAGUCAUCAUUCAGCUGGCCAACCUGGGACCUCUCCUGGUCACGCUCAUGCAUAAACUGUGCCCCGGUCGCCUCAAAGAGCGUGUCGUCAUUUACUUCAUCCUCUCCAUCGGUGUCAUCGCCUGCAUCCUUCUUGCCUUCUUCUGGGACAAGACUACGAUAGUGGCCGGGGCACCUCAUAGCACUGCCUUCUUCAUCAUCACCUUCUUCCUCUCGCUGGUGGACUGCACCUCCUCAGUUACGUUCCUCCCUUUCAUGAUGCAGCUUCCAGCAAAAUACAUCACCACGUUAUUUAUUGGAGAAGGUUUGAGUGGUUUCAUUCCUGGUGUGGUCGCUCUGACACAAGGUGUGGGUAUUGCCAAAUGUGUGAAUUCCUCUCAGUCUACAGGAAACCAGACUUGGACGAUACAUACAGAGUAUCUUCCUCCUAACUUCUCCCCCAGGGUGUUUUUCUUCUUUUUAAGCGCCAUGAUGUGCAUAAGCCUGGCUGCGUUCAUCGCACUGAACAGGCUUCCUCGGACAUAUGAGCUGUCCGCAGAAAACCUCAUACCAGAGACUGUGGCAUCUGUCAGCUCCGGGCUGGAUAACCCCGGACUAGAGAAGGACACAGAAGACGUGAAAGGCCAGGGCGAGGGGAAAACCCAGAGCACGCCUCUGCUGGCCAGCCACAGACAUUCGGUGUACCAGCUGACCUUCAUCUACGUUCUGGUGUUGUGGAUCAACGCUGCAACCAACGGCCUGCUGCCCUCUGUGCAGACGUUCUCCUGUAUGCCCUACGGGAACCUGGCCUAUCACCUCUCUGCUGCUCUGUCCUCAGUCGCCAACCCACUGGCUUGCACAGUUGCAAUGUUCCUCCAAAACAGGUUAGAUGCUCCAUAUGUUUAAAUUUUGAUCCAUUUCUCCUUCUACUGGUUAUAAAAAUCCUUUUUUAAUAUGUGGCCAUGUGGCUUUGACCUCAGGGACACACACUCUCAUUUUCAGACUGCUACUUCACACUUUCAGCGUUGCAUAGCGUGUGUAAGCAUAAUUAAUACGUUAUCUCAUGGGCCAUAAAUAUUGGCAAAUCACAUCACAAUCAAAUGUUUCAAGACGGGGACCAUGAAUGUUUGGACCAAGAACUGAUCCUCUGACCAGUCUGACAAGGACUGUUCAUGGGGUGCCUACUCCACUGACUCCACUUUUGGACAUUAUAGCUUUUAAUGGUUGGACUACAGAAGAGAGACAAAGUAGGGAGUAAGGAGCACUCUGUCGAUGGGGCACAUGCUCAAACCACUGGGUCAAUCUGUGCUCCAGUAAUCAACUUUUAAUCUUUGACCUGCCCGUACAGAUACUUAAUAAUGCUGAUUAUGUCCCGCAUGACCCUGGAAUUGGCUCCGCUUUUAUACAGGCGAAAAAUCCACAGAGCUGAAAUCUGAUCACAAAAAGUCCAUGAACCACAAACUAAAAGGAAGUUGAAGUGAAACUCGAACUUCCUAUUUUAUCCAGGAACUCAGAAAAUAAUGAUGAAUGCUUCAGUUUUCAUUUCAGAUGUCUGCUCUGCUUUAUUUGUGCUGCAUUUUUGUUCAUUAUUUCUGUUUCAGGGUUGCAUUUAAGGAACACAGUUUUCUUCUAACCUCAGGGAAUUGGGUGUGAUCCUAUUUAAGAGAGACUACUACUAAAAGUUAGAAAAUAAUAAUCUACAAAUAUACAGGUGUAUUUUAUGAAUAUGGGACUUGUCACUUGGUUCAAGCUGUUCAAAACCAAGACUACAAUUUCUAACAGCACACUCUGUAGGUGCUGGUAUUUCUCAUAAUAAGAUAUUCAUACUCAAGAAAACACUUUUUUUGUAAAGAUGGAUAAAAAGGAUAAAGAUCAAGCUCAUAAUGAGUUACACAAACUAGUAACUCUGCUGCAGCUCAGGAAGAAUAAUCAGAAAAAGAGGGAACAUCUCAUUAAAACUUUGAUUUUGAAACUAAAAACUUGAUUGGACUCACCCAAAGUGAUAAAGUCUCAGUACUUUAAUGUAAAGUAGACUUACUGUGGAUAUCAUCCACUAUCACUAGCAUUGGUUACUUAGAAGGAUGUAUAAUCAAGCCAAGACCAACUUGUUCCAGAGCUGAUACAGUCAUGCAACUUAUGACUUAAUAUUUUAUCUAUCUCUCAGUUUAUGGCUUUGGGACACUGUGAUCUGGGAUUUAUGAAGACAAUGAAUCUUCCCUUUGAAAAACAGAAGUUAUCUCUGAGAGGAAUUUUAGAAAUGAGGAAACUGCAGCUGAUAACAAACCUCUUUUGUUUGCAGGUCACUCGUCUUUCUUGGAGUGCUGACCAUGCUGGGGACAGGAUUUGGCAGCUAUAACAUGGCGAUGGCGGCUCUGAGUCCCUGUCCUUUGUUUCAGGGGUCUGUGCUGGGAGAGACGAUUAUUGUAAGUGAGCGCAAACACGUGAGAUGUGUAGCAAUAGAAGAUUGAAAAUUCUCAGUGGCUUUAUCAGGGAAUCACUGCUGGCAAAGUUCAGUGAGUCCUUUACAAAACACCUGAGAGUUGAGCAACCCUGCGUCCUCUUAUAACUGAAGAUGAGGUAACCUAUCUUACGGGGGUGGCUGAGGUAACACUUUGCAAACAAUACAUGAAACCCUGAGUCGUAUUCAGGCUCAGCUGACAUGUGGUCAUAGUUCAGGUAAACAGCUACUAAGUCCACUGUGUCCUUUUGCCCUCUGCAGGUGCUCUCAUGGCUCUUCUUCACGGGGACGCUGACUUAUGUCAAAGUAAUGGUGGGUGUCAUCCUAAGGGACCGGAGCCACAACGCCCUGGUCUGGUGUGGAGCGGCGGCACAGAUAGGCUCACUCGUCGGCUCGAUCACCAUGUUCCCGCUGGUUAACGUCUACCAGCUGUUUAAACCUGGAGACUUAUGCAACACUAAAUGUCCCUGAUAUUUAACCUGAGGAGGCUGGAGACACUAAGUGAAGACAAAAGUGUGACAGUUUCUUCAAAAAGUUCAAUACACUCCCAUUUCUACACACUGUACCUUUACGUAGGAAGGGAUAUGAGUCAGCUAGCUCAGGUGUGUAAAUGCAGUUUGUUUUUUUUGGACAGUUUUGGGGCUAGCUGAUUCCCUGUUUUUGGUCUCACCCUCACUUAACUCAAAGAUCCUGCUUUCAGUCCGCAGAAGUAAAGCAGUUUUUCGAUGUUCUCUUCAAAGUCUCACCAUGGGAGUGAAUUUCUUAAAUGAGGAACUCUUGAAAGGUCCAUCUGAAGGAUCUUGAGUCUGCUAUCCUUUUGUUUAAAAAGUAUUGUUUAUGCAUUUUGUUUCGUUUUUUGCUCCCUGUGAUUUCUAAGCCACGUUUGCACAUAAAUAUUUGUGUCAUUUAAUACAGCAUGAUGAAAUAAAACCAUGUUAUUAUUGAAUAUUAGAUGUUGAACGCAGAGGCACGUUCCCUUUAUCCAUCCCCAGACAGAUAAAUCAUGAAACUGCUCUGCCACUAGAUGGCGCAAGCACACUUUGAUACAUCAGUACCUCUCACUGCAGUCAACUAGUGACCAUAAAUCCAUGCCCAUUCAAUACAUUAAAGCUGUCUACAUCUAAAAACAAAGGAGUCUAAAUGGAUUAUUAAACACUGACGUUUAUUCAUCUGGUUUACAGGAGCUCCUCCUGUAAAUCUAAACAUGUAAAUAUAAAAAAAAGUUCACAGAAACAAGCUGCUGAUGUGUUUUAUAACCGUGAAUGUUAUAGGGAGACACUCAGGAUAUAGACAGCUAUUGUAUUUUACAAUCAGCUCCAGCACAUUCAGUAUCAAACGAUAGACAGCACAUAAAUAAAAGUGUAAUGCACAAUCCAAACAUCUCAUUUUAAAGCUUAAAAAGUUGAACUCAAGCUCAAUUUAAUCUAUUUUUUUUGACAGGAUUUAUUAGUUUUUUAGAACUUUGUUUGACUUUUCCAAUCAAAGACACUUCCCAUGCUAUCCUGCUCGACUUCAGGUACAUUUAAUCUGUUGAAAAUAUCUGACUAAAGUUGUCACUAUCUUUUUGUGCAACCAAAUCAAGAUGAGCAUUUGACUCACAACAGGUUGUUUUCAGAUUCAUCCACAAGUGAUUUUAUAUUCAUGUCUCUCUUCCAAGGUUACCUAUAUCAGAUUUGACACACCUUUCCUAUCACAUAACAUUAAUUCCACUUCGUAGAUUUUUAACCUUUAAAAAAAAACUGCUGAAAGUUUUGUAUGAUUGAGUGUUGAGGGUUAGAAGCUGGAAUACCACAGUGCAAUCAGUCUCUUUGAAGCGGCCAAGUCACAAACAUGGAAACACCUGGAUAGAACUACCUGAUAGAGUUCGAAAUAACUCCUGCUCAAGCUGCAAAAACACUCAAACUCCUCUGACAAAUAAUUGCGUUAGCUUGAAAAGCAAUCCUUUAAUGCAUCAGUCCAAACAUGGAUGCUUUCGCCUCUGACGCUUAGAGUGUAAAGUAUGUCGCUGAAAGCACUUUGUUGAUCCUGAAUGCAGAGCGUAUAAAGGAGUAUUUUUCCACUUUGACUCAAAGAAAGGAUUGAAGUACCUCCUAUACCUCUGGAUGGACCCUAUAUUAGGCCAUUAUCCCAGAGAGCUGACCAUUUUACAACCCUGUAGAUCGUUUUUUAAUAAAAGGGGCCAUUUCAGGCUUUACAGAGGUGGUGUAUUUUACUGGCCGGGCUGAUCAUGUGAUGCUUUUUUGAGUCUUGCAAUAACACCUUUGAAACACAGACUAAAAUGCUCUCAGCAAUA